AUGUCGGUCCAGCGGGAUGUGCGUGGUCUACACAUGACUAGUGACCUCGGGCUGGAGCUGGACGGCACCCCGAUCCCCGCGCUCAGCGCCUCCGACUCCUACCAGUACUUAAGGAUCGGGGAUAGCUUCGACCACGUGCGCCGUCGCGUUGAUCUGGGCACAGCUCUCACCCUGCUUAAGCACGACGCGAAGGCGCUAAUGCAGUCCGGGAUGGCGGCAUGGCAGGUGGUCAAGACCGUAAAGGUGUGCUUGUACCCUCGGGUUGAGUACACCCUCCGGCACCUAAGACCGUUUGCUCAGCAGCUGGAGGGUUUUGGCCGUCACCUUGUACGCGGCCUUCGACAACUGCUGCGGCUACUAACUAGCACUACGACAGCGUUCUUUCACGCUCCUGUUUCUCGUGGAGGAUUAGGGUUCUUACCCUUGACGGAGCUGCAUGGCGCUUUGCAAGUUGCGCACGGGUGGCAGAUGCUGCACUCUACUGACCCAGCCAUCCGGUGCAUAGCUCGACAGUAUCUCAGUCAGGAGGAGCUGGGCGAGCUCCUCCUCAACAGCAAGCUGGGGACGUCGGACCCAGUGCCGCUUAAGCGAGGAAAGGCUGACAUCGGACCGCUGUGGUUCGACGUCCGGGAUCACCUUCACCGCUUCGGCCACAAUCUUGAGAUGGCGCCAGCGGUAGAGAAGACGGGAACGCCAGCGGUGUAG